GUCUGUUCUCCAGUGUAUUCCUGCCAUUGCUACUCUUUCGUGGUACAUCAUCAUGCUGCCUCUGGUGACUGUACUGACAAUUCGUGGGACAAAGGACCUGCUCACAGACCUGGGUCGGCGUCGCAGUGAUGCCAAUAUUAACAAAAGGCAAUGUGACAUACUUACUACACAGGGCUUCACAGCAGCACAGUGGAAGGAUGUAUGUGUUGGAGAUGUACUGAGAAUUCAUAGGGACCAGGUGAUACCGGCAGACCUGUUCCUCUUAUGCAGCACUGAACCCCACAGCUUAUGCUAUAUCGAGACAGCUGACAUAGAUGGAGAAACCAACCUGAAAUUUCGCCAGGCUCUGAGUAUCACCCACAAUGAAUUAACAAGUGGUCCAGUAGAAGAGCUUCUCCAGUUUUUUGACGGGGUUGUUUGGUGUGAGGGGCCAAACAGUCGCCUGUAUUCUUUCAAAGGGGAGUUACACUGGCAGGGACAGUGUUAUCUGCUGGACAAUGAUCACAUACUGCUCAGGCAAACUGUACUGCGCAACACUGACACUGCAUAUGGCCUUGCAAUUUACACAGGCUCUGACAGUAAGAUUCUCAGGAACAGUGGAAACCUGAAAAUGAAGAAGACCCAGGUGGAGAAGUUUCUUAACAAAGUAGUAGGGAUGAUUGUCCUCUCAAUGCUGAUUAUCGCUCUGCUCUUGGCUGUGGGAUGUGCACUCUUUGAGCAUUUGAUUUCCCCAAAUAUCGAAGUUCUCGCUGCCAUAGAUGGCAAUUUCAAGGCUGCCUACUGGGGAUUCCUGACCUUUUGGGGCUAUAUCGUCCUGCUAAGCCCUGCAAUGCCCCUAUCCCUCUACAUCUCGUUUGAGCUGAUCCAUGUGGUGCAAUGCGUCCUGAUUGAUUGGGACAUUGAAAUGUACUAUGAGGAGAGCAACAGCCCUGCACAGGUCCAAACUAAGUCUUUGUCUGAGGAACUGGGUCAGGUGGGCCACCUGCUCACUGAUAAGACGGGUACUCUCACACAGAACCACCUCCUGUUUCGCCAGUGCUGCAUUGCUGGCCAGAUUUACGGAGAUUUGGCAGCAAAUUCAAAGCCAUUGGACCUGAGCUGGAACUGCUUUUCAUGUGGCGGGCUGCCCUUCUCUGACCAGCGGCUGGUGGAUCGUUUGCGGGGACAGAGCUGCCCCGAGAGCAGAGAAUUCUUCACAGCCCUGGCACUGUGUCACACUGUCAUGUGGUUUCCUCAUUACCAGGCAGCGUCUCCAGAUGAGCAGGCUCUGGUGUGUGCAGCUCGAGAGCUGGGCUUGGUGUUCCUGUCUCGCACACGCGAUUCCCUCAUGGUGAGCGAGCUGGGAAUCACACGUCAGUACCAAUUGCUGGCCCUGCUGGAGUUCACCAGCAAGAGGAGGCGCAUGUCAGUGCUGGCUGUGCGCUCUGUAUGUGAGGCUCAGUGGGUGGAGUGGAGUCAUGCUCUCCGGCAGGUUGCCAUUGCAACCACUUGCCAAGAGAAUAUGCUGGAGGAGCUACAUGACCGAAUGGAAAGAGAACUGACGAUCCUUGGGGUGGCAGCUAUUGAAGACCGUCUACAAGAAGGUGUCCCAGAGACCAUUGUCAGCCUCCGGCAGGCAGGGGUGAAAGUGUGGAUGCUGACCGGAGAUAAGACUGUAGGCAAGAAAUACCUGGCUGACCUACUGCUUCUGCCGAGAUUCUGCAGUAUAGAACCAUUGGACAGUGUGGAUACUGCGGAAAAUCUGAUCAAGACACCUGAGUUGGGUGCCAGGUUUGUGUAUUUGUGCAACCAGUGCCAGUCAGUGCUGUGUUGUCGUGUGACCCCAGGGCAGAAGGCUGAAAUUGUAGAGUUGGUAAAGAAGUUUGCUUCAUCCAUCACAAUGGCAAUAGGAGAUGGUGCCAACGAUGUGAAUAUGAUUAAGAUGGCACAUAUAGGGGUUGGUGUACGUGGUGUAGAAGAUGGUCAGGCUGUACAGAAUGCAGACUUUGCACUGGCACAGUUUCGCUUCUUGCGCAGACUGCUGCUGGUCCAUGGCCACUGGUCUUACCACCGCAUCUGCAGCUUUCUGAAUUACUUCCUGUAUAAAACAACUUCCUUCGCUCUGGUGAACAUCUGGUUCAGCUUGUACAAUGGCUUCAGUGCCCAGGUUAUGUAUGAGAGCUGGUUUAUUUCCCUUUACUCCAUUUUGUACACAUCCCUGCCUGUUCAGUGCUUGGGUUUAUUUGACCAGAACAUGAGUGCUGAGAGCUGUAUUCGCUGGCCAGAGCACUAUAUGGUUGGACAGAGGCAGGAGCUUUUCAACCCCGUCACCAUCUUUGUGACAUUGAUCUACGCCAUCUAUACCUCCAUCAUCCUCUUCUUCUUGCCCUUUGGGGUAUUUCAGGACUCUGACUUAGACUAUCAGACUUUGGCUGUUACUGUGGAAAUGUCAGCUGUUUUCUCAGCUACUGUUGAGAUCAGUCUACAGACUAAAUACUGGACUAAGUACAAUUUUGCUGCAGUGUUCCUCAGUCUGGUUUUGUUUUUCCUGAGCACCAUUAUCCUUCAUAGCCCUCGUCUGUUUACAUCUUCCCCCAAAGACUACAAUUUCUUUGGUAUUCUCUUUAUAUCCAUUCAUUCAUUCAUAUUCAUAUCUUCAUACCCAUUAACAUUAACAUAAAUGCA